AUGUGCAAAGCAGCCAUGGAUCAACGAUCGUUUCCUCGCCUAUGGCCAUCGUUUGGACACGAUAUGACCGGUACAACUUGCAGUUCAAGUCUUAAUUUCAAUUUCGUAAAUGGAAUCAAAGAUGGGCUCGAUGUUCGGAGAAAUCAUUUCGUUCAAACCAACGAGCUGGGAUUAGAAAAACAGCUGAACGAAAAGCGCUGCUUGAAAGAAUCUUUUGCGGUUUCUCGAGACAUGAAAGGGUUCGGAAACAUCCCUCCAUCCCUUAUGCCUUUGUUGCUGUAUUCAGGUUACAACUGGACGACACAGGCGACUGUGGGAAUACGAAGCAGAGAUCUAAAAUUUGGAAUAGACAGGAUUGUUUUUAAUGAGAGUGGCGGUGAGCCCACCUUUAAGGCCGACCAUUUUCACCCAGGCAAAGCCCUAUACAACCAGCAUUAUUUUUUGCCGCCGGAGAAAUGGGUAGCCGGUGGCAGGGAAUCGGUCAUGGCGUCACCCUAUACGUUUCCUUUAUCCGAUCAAGUUGGAUCGCGUCAACGAAUAUUUGACACAAAAUGCUUUGGACCUUCAGUUUUUCCAGGUCCAUACUCGGUAAUAGGGAGGCAUACGGACCCUUUCGCCAUUGCGGCUACCUCUGGGAGGAGAAAACGCUCGUGGACACGGGCUGUAUUUUCCUCUCUCCAGAGAAAGGGCUUGGAAAAACGCUUCGAGCUACAGAAAUACGUCUCGAAGAACGACCGCCGGCAAAUAGCAGCAAUGCUUGGACUUACCGACGCACAGGUUAAAGUUUGGUUUCAAAAUCGCCGAAUGAAAUGGAGACAAGCAAAAGAAAAAGAGGAGCGUCAUUUAGAAAAGAACGAAACCGAAACAACAAAAGACGACGGAGGAAAAAUUCCUAUUUCUCAGAGCCUGUCCUCUUAA